CUGUACUCAGUGCUACCGUCAGCCAUCUUUGGUCGACACCCACCCAGUGCAUUCGCUGCGGUGCACACAGGCAGUGAAAUCAGAGCGAACCGGUGCUGAGCCGACCGGAGGAGGGCUGUGAUUAUUUAAUACGGUGCUCUCCUGCAUUUUAAAUCCCCCCCCACCCCCCUCAGUCUGUGCGAAAGGGGAUUACAAAAGGUUGAAGAGGAGGAGGAGGAGGAGGGGGUGUUGAGGAGAGGAGAGGACAGGGCAGCCUCUCUCAAGACAGCAGCGUAUUUCACUCAGUUGUAACAAGGAGAGGAGGAGGAUGCAGGCAUAAAGAGGAGGAAGAGCAGCACCCUUUCUAGCACCUGCUGAGAGCCGCUGUGGGCCUUCCCCCGUCUUCUGGCCUUUUAUCCUCUUUUUGUUUUGAUGCUCUUUUCAUCCCUCUUCUCUCCGACUUGUCAUUUUCCUGGGAAGGGGGCUGGUGGCCUCCACUGGUUUGUGGAACAAAAAGCUACUUCGCCCUUUUCUCUUUCCCCCCUCGGCUGGUGUUGGUUUUUGCAUCAGCUGAGUCAUCAUGUCUGAUCUGAUGCCUCAGAGCGAAACCCCCACCCCCACCACCGACAAGAUCACCCAGGCCGCCCGGGAGACCAUCUAUCUCUGCAACUUCCGCGUGUCCGUCGACGGCGAGUGGCUCUGCCUCCGCGAGCUCAACGACAUCUCCCUGACGCCCGACCCCGAGCCGGCCCAUGAAGAUCCCAAGGAUCCCAUUGCGAUCGAGAGGCUUAACUUGAUGAACAUGGCCAAACUGAGCAUCAAGGGCCUGAUCGAGUCCGCUCUCAACCUGGGACGCACACUGGACUCUGACUACGCACCUCUCCAGCAGUUCUUCGUGGUGAUGGAGCACUGUCUGAAGCACGGGUUGAAAACCAAGAAGACCUUCCUGGGGCAGAACAAGUCGUUCUGGGGGGCGCUGGAGCUGGUUGAGAAGUUGACGCCUGAAGCAGGAGAGAUCACUGCCAGUGUCAAAGACCUGCCCGGCCUCAGAACUCCUCUGGGACGAGGUCGUGCCUGGUUGCGACUGGCUUUGAUGCAGAAGAAACUCUCCGACUACAUGAAGACCAUCAUCAACAGAAAGGACCUGCUCAGUGAGUUCUAUGAGGCGAACGCGUUGAUGAUGGAGGAGGAGGGAGCCGUCAUCGCCGGGCUGCUCGUUGGACUAAAUGUCAUCGACGCUAAUCUGUGUAUGAAGGGAGAGGACCUGGACUCUCAGGUCGGCGUGAUUGAUUUUUCAAUGUACCUCAAAGAUGGUGGACACAGCAGUAAGAGUGCAGAGGGUGACGGUCAGAUCACAGCCAUUCUCGACCAGAAGAAUUACGUGGAGGAGCUGAACAGACAUUUGAGUGCUUCAGUGAACAACCUCCAGGCCAAGGUGGACGCUCUGGAGAAGUCCAACACGAAGCUCACAGAAGAGCUCGCUGUGGCAAAUAACCGGAUCAUCACUUUACAAGAAGACGUGGAGCGAGUGAAGGAGGAGAGCUCGUAUCAGCUGGAGUCCAGGAAGGCUACAAGAAGCGACUCGGCACCAGACGGACAAGUGCUGGGAGAAACACGCAAGCAGCUCAAAGAGGAAACUUUGCUUCGGUUGGAUGUGGAGAAGGAGCUGGAGGUGCAGAUCGGGAUGAAGCAGGAGAUGGAGCUGUCCAUGAAGAUGCUGGAGAAAGACGUCUGCGAGAAGCAGGACGCUCUGGUGGAGCUCCGGCAGCAGCUGGAGGACCUCCGCGUCAUCAACCAACAGCUCAACCACAAGUCACAGAGUGCCGACGCCGGCUCCAAACACAAGAGUGAAGCCAUCUCCCGCCUGGAGGAGAAAAUCAACCAGAUGAGCGGGACCGUGAAGCAGAUGGAGACCAGAUGCAAACAGGCUGAGAGAGAGAGGGCUCUGGCUUUGGAGGCCAACCGGCUCUUCAAACAGGAGUUUGGGGACAAAAUCGAGAGUCUGCAGGUGGAGGUGGAGCAGCUGAGGAGGCACAGGUCUAAUCUGGAGCUGGAGCUGAGGAAAGAGCGCGAGCGAAGGAGUGAGCACCACGACGCCGGACAGUCCAGAGCUCCUCGGAGGGAGAGGAGACUCCCGGAGAACAUCCCAAAACGUGUCCCAGAAUCCCCAUCAGGCAGAAGAGAGAAGGAGAGCGACCAGUUGAACACAGGAGCAGAGGACAAAACAAGUCUGAGCUCCAGCCUGUCCUCGAGGUCGCACCACGAGGACGAAGAGGACGAGUCCUUCGUGGAGAUCAGUCAGCCCUCCGUCUGCACGAUGUGUGAACAGGACGACUCCCUCUUGAAGACAAAGAAACAGUGUAAGAACUGCGGCGGCGUCUUCUGUGAGAGCUGCGUGUCCAACGAGCUGCCGCUGCCUUCCUCCAUCCUCCCGGAGACCGUGUGCACCGCCUGCUUCUCUCUGUUACUGCAGCAGUACGCCUCGACGCCGACAUGAAGCAGCGCUGCAUUUCACCGCCAACCAGAGGCGUUCAGCUUGUAGAGCUGGCACUGCAAAAAUGCACUUUGUGACUUUGUGACUCGAGGCGUUAUGAAAGACCCGAUGGAGUCCUGAACUUCUUUCAGUUACUUUAGGUUAGUGAUGUAAAGACAUUUGCCACUGAGAGCCGUCUGGAUGCAGGUUUUCAUGCGCUGGUGUCGCCAUAAUUCUUUCUUUCUGGCUGAAAAUGUUUAGCUGCUUUCGUGAAAACCUGCAUUUAAAAAGCUGUAAAAAAAACAACUGGAAUCCUCUCAUGCGUUUAAAAAAAGAGAAACUGACUUUCCACGAUGUCCACUAAGUGGAUUAUUGAUUAAAAGGGUCAACUGACAUUAUAUAUUUUAAAUAAUUUAGUUUUAAAAGAUGAAAAAGGAAAAAAAUGGACACCUGUGUUUCACUAUAACGCAGCUAUUAAUCAUAUAUAGAUCCGUAUAUGUGAUGAACUGUUUCACUCGGGUGAAGCAUGAAUUAUCACUCUUUCUCAAAGUGGCCUCUGAUGCUGACAAACAUCAAUUAUCCCAAAUACUCUCUGACCAAAUAUUAUAUCAUACUAUGAUAUUAAACAUGUUAGCAUUUUGUGGAAGACGUGUGCGGUCAGAAAGCAUUUUAUACUCUAAGUAAACAAUGAUAAAUAUACAUUAGAGAUGCACUCAGUGUCAUGAGUUAUGAAGAUUGUAAAACUGUAAAUGCAGAAGUUAAGAGCAGAAAAGUAUUCAAGAUAAAUCACAUUGUGAUCCCAGACUGCUAGAGUUCAUCUAGUCUUAGUCUCGGUCUUGUUGAGUUAGAUUGAAUCCACUCUCAAUAUGAAAGUGAUCUAGAUCUCUGCAAAUGUCCCAAAAUAUCAGCCUGUUCCUUCAAGUUUACAAAGCGGAGUAUUCUGGGUAAAAUAAUGUGGCUACUGUAGCUGUCACAUCAGACUCGGACUAAAUUCUAAACAUUGAGAUAUUUAGAUUCUAGUCUCAUCAUAUUACGGCACUUUUAAAUGCAUGGCUCUCCGCCUGACUGGCUUGCAGUGGACGCUCCGUGCAUCUUUAUAACAGCUGAUUUUAUGUUGUGUUGAUUCAUAUGAAGAAUAGUUAGACGCUCAGUAAAUCCAGCUUAGUCGUUCUUGUUGAAGCUAAUUAACCCGCCAGAUGGAAAUGCUUCUUAGAUCAACAAUAAACUUUUAUUAAAUGUUA